GUCCAGUCAGUCUGCAAGGUGCGCGCCGCCCCGCAGCACCAUGCCGUUCCGCGUGUGCCAGCAGGCCCUUUUCCCCGACGGGGUCGCGGCCGCCGCCGAGGCCCUGCCGCACAACAUGGCCUUCCCCGUGGACGCCCCGCCGGCCCUCCGCCGGACGACGCGCGCCGACAACGAACGCUUCGCGGUGCUCAUCGAGCACGUCGACCUCCCCACGUCGCUGACGUGCAGCAACAUGCUCAUGGAGGCCCUGACGCAUCAGCUGACCGGUUGCGGCGUCGACGUGCUUCCCGGCCAGGUGGCCUUGCUGAGGCACCGGCUGGCCGUCCAACUCGCCCUGCACCGCCGCCGCUACCUGGACGCCAUCGUGGAGGCCGUGACCAGGAACUACGGGUACUACGACGGCAACGCCUACCUCGACCUCAACCGCAUCCCCAACAUGCAGGCCAUGGUCGACGGCUACAUCCGCGAUACGGGCGACGCCUGGACGGCGAGGGCGUUCGGCGUGGAGGUGAUUCAGGCCUGCGCGGACUCCGAGGCCGUCAACAUCCUGAUCCUGUUGCCUGGCCACGGCACGUCCAUGGUCAGCCCGCACGAGGGUAUUACGCCCCUGAGGACCGUGUGUCUGCUGUGCUCUGACAGCGAGUGCGCGCCAAGAUACUCGAGCGUCUUUAGAGUGGGCUGCUACCCCCCGUCCGUCACCACCCCUUCGCUGCCGCCGGCGCCCCCACCGCUGUGCUCGCCUCCUCAGCUGUCCCCCGACUCUGGACUGGAGUCGACGCCGUCUCCACGUCCCAGUGGGCACUGCGCUGAGGUCCAAAUCAAAUCUGAGGGCGAAGAGGACUCUACCGCAAGUGGACUUAGUUCCGGCUGGAGUGAUAGUGAUGUGAAUAGUGUCAAAUCUGAAGAUCUUGGACCCGGCAUCAAAAGUGGCAGUGAGGAGCAGUGCGCCAGCAGUACGCGUCCAGUUCACGGGCGCCGGCUCAUGAGGAUCCCCGUGCAGGACAAGCCGUUGACGCUCGCGACGUGGAACGUGGGCUACUUGUCCGCGGCGGGUGCUUGCCGAGGGGCGCCUCUGUCGCCGUGGUUGGGGAAGCAGGUGAAUGGGCCCUCGGGGGUGGCCCGCAGCCUGGCUGCCAACGGCGUCCAGAUUGCUGCCCUGCAGGGACACGCUCUGGAGUCCAGCAUCGGCGAGCUGGAGGGCUACACGGUGUUCGCCCACGGCGGCGUCGGCGCGAGCAGCACGGAGACGGGCUUCGCGGUCCGGGACGACCUGGUCGGCGCGGUGAGCAGCUUCGUUUCCUCGCCGUCGUCACGCGCGUGCCGGCUGGACCUGUUCGCCACGCCCAUGAACGUGUCCCUGGUGAGCGCGUUCGCCCCGCCCGAGGACGCCGCCGAGGAGGUGCACGAAAGCUUCUCCAAAGCGCUGCGCACCAUGGUGAGCGCCGCCCCCCGCACCGCCGUCCUCGUCGUGCUGGGUGACUUCGGCGCCGAGGUCGGCCGCCAGCCGAACUCGCUCAGGUGCGUCGCGGGGAAGUCCAGCCUCCACCGCGACUACAGCAGCAACGGGGUGCGCCUCGUGCACUUCGCCAGGCGCAACGACCUGGUCAUCAGGUCGACCAUACUGGACAAGAAGGCGGACGCGCGCGCCACCCGGAUGACCGUGGAGCGGCUCGCCGACGGCUCGGAGCGGAUAUCAUGCAGCCAGGUGGACCACGUCCUGGUGCGCAGGCAGUACCGCGGCUCCGUCCUGGCCGUCCGGUCCGUCCCGAGCGCCGGCCUCAGCGACACCAACCACCGCAUGGUCCUGGCCGUGGUUUCUGUCCCGUACGGCGUGCUGGCCAAGAGCAAAAACGCAGAACGGCCAAAACCAUCCGUCUCGCAGGUCUUGGAGAAGAUGCUGCUGUGGAAGAAAGCGGACGACGCGGCCGAGGAGAUGUACCGUCGCCUGACGAACCGGACGGUGGCGGUGAAGGAGGAGCACCUCAAGCAGGAACGGGAGGGCCAGAACGGCGGGGAUCUGGACGACGUGAUGGAUGACCUCGGAAAAAUAUUGCAGGAGAUCAAGGAGUGCGAGACCAAGAUAGAGAGCAAGUCUCGCCACAGCGAACCCCGCCACCGGCGGCUCCCUUCCCCAGUAAGUCCGCCUCCGAACGGCCUUCAUGACGGCCAUGGCCGUGGAAAAGUCCUGCAGGACGAGAUCAAGGAGUGCGAGACGAAGGUAGAGAGUAAGUCUCGCCACAGCGAACCCCGUCACCGUCGGCUCCCUUCCCUAGUAAGUCCGCCUCCGAACGGCCUUCAUGACGGCCAUGGCAGUGGAAAAGUCCUGCAGGACGAGAUCAAGGAGUGCGAGACGAAGAUAGAAAGUAAGUCUCGCCACAGCGAAUCCCGUCACUGUCGUCGGCUGUUCUCCCCAGUAAGUCCGCCUCCGAACGGCGCCGAUGACGGCCUUGGAGAAGUCCUCCAGAGCACUAAGGAGUGUAAGGCCAAGUUAGAGAGGAACGACUCUCGUCACCAUCAGCUCCCCUCCUCAGUAAGUCCACCUCCGAACGGGGUUGAUGACGACCUUAGAGAGGUCCUGCAGAGCAGUAAGGAGGCAAAGACAGAGAGGAAGCUUCAUCACCGCGACUCCCGUCACCGCCACCGUCACCGUCGGCGCCGUCUCCCCUCCCCGGUCAGCCCUCCCUCUCCUGCACGAGCGCCCCGUAGCGCACCGGUCGCAUUCCAAGUGAUGAUCCCUAGUCCCAGCGCCUCUUGCUGGGUGCUCCCUCGUGGUCAUGACCGCCCUAAUCCUUACUGCGACACCCCGCGAGACCGUCGUCGGAGGGGUAUGUUCGGCCAAGAGGCCUCGGGCAACGCGCCACAAAACAGUAACGAAAGGGUUGCUCGCUUUCGCCCUUACUAGUCCUUUUAAGGCGUUGGAAUUAUUCAUGUAUUUUUUGAUCUCCAGUUUUGAUGUUUUUACAAACUGUUUAUGAC